CUUCACAGAGGGAAAAACCCAUUGGAUCUCAUUGCACCCGGCUCCCGACUAGAACUGCAAAAUGUCCGGGAUUCCCUGGAAGCCUGGAUAGUCAACGUGGUAGAAAAUGUUGGUGGGAGACUUAAACUGCGAUAUGAAGGGAUGGAGGAUUCUGACAAAUUUGACCAGUGGCUGUUCUACUUGGACCCUUUCCUCCAUCAAGUGGGGUGGGCAGCUCAACAUGGAUAUAGCCUGCAGCCACCUUUAGCCAUUAGGUCCUUGAAGACCGAAGCAGAUUGGCAAGAGAUCCUGAAGAAAGUGAAAGAGGAGGAAGAGGAGUCAUCAGUUCCUACAGAUCUCUUUAAGGAUAAACCUGUGAUUGGAGUGCAUUCAUUCUCUGAAGGCAUGAAGUUAGAAGCUGUGGAUCCAAUGGCUCCAUUUGUAAUCUCUCCUGCUACAGUUCUCAAGGUGUACAAUGAAAAAUACUUCAUGAUAGAAAUUGAUGAUUUGAGACCAGACCGCACAACCAGCCAGUCUUACAUUUGUCAUGUCAACAGUGCUGGUAUUUUCCCUGUGCAGUGGAGUCUGAAGAACGGUUUGCAUCUCAUUCCCCCACCAGGUUAUCCUGGGCAGGACUUCGAUUGGGCAGACUACCUCAAACAGUGUGGUGCUGAAGCAGCUCCCCAGAGCUGCUUCCCUUCGUUAACUUCUGACCAUGGAUUUAAAGAGAAUAUGAAGCUUGAGGCUGUGAACCCAGUUGAUCCUGAAGAAGUUUGCAUUGCUACGGUCACCAAGUUGAAAGAUUCCUACCUCUGGCUUCAGUUGGAGGGCUCCAAGAAGCCCGUCCCUGACUGUAUAGUGAGCGUGGAAUCAAUGAAUAUAUUUCCAGUGGGUUGGUGUGAGACGAAUGGAUAUCAGCUCAGACCUCCUCGCAAAGCAAUAGUAAACAAGCAGAAAAAAAUUGCAGUAGUUCAACCAGAGAAACAAAUUCUGUCUUCAAGGACAGUUCAUGAUGGACUGAAGAACCAGGAAAUGAACUCUUCUGAUUCAGUGGUAAUUAAUGGAAAGUACUGCUGCCCAAAGAUCUACUUCAACCACCGGUGCUUCUCAGGGCCUUACCUUAAUAAAGGCAGGAUUGCAGAGCUUCCACAGUCUGUGGGGCCUGGGAACUGCGUCCUUGUUCUGAAAGAGGUUCUCACUUUAUUGAUCAAUGCAGCUUACAAACCUAGCCGUGUCCUGCGAGAACUGCAAUUGGAUGAAGAGGCUGCAUGGCAUGGCCAUGGAGAGACCCUAAAAGCCAAGUACAAAGGGAAGAGCUACCGUGCAACUGUGGAAGUUGUCAGGACAGCAGAUCGGGUGGCAGAUUUCUGCAGAAAAACAUGCAUCAAGCUGGAAUGUUGUCCAAACCUCUUUGGCCCUCAGAUGGUGCUGGACAAGUGUUCAGAGAACUGCUCUGUCCUUACAAAGACUAAAUACACACACUAUUAUGGAAAGCGGAAAAACAAGCGGAUAGGUAGGCCUCCGGGUGGCCACAGUAACCUGGAAGUAGCCAUGAAGAAACCAAAUAAAAGACGGAAGAGACGAAAACAUUUUUUUGUUCAUAAGAAAAAACGUUCUUCUACAUCAGUGGAUAACACUCCAGCUGGAUCUCCCCAGGGCAGCGGGGGAGAAGAAGAGGAUGACCAGGACGAGGUAGAUGAAGAGUCUCUGACUGAGGAUAGUACGUCAGAGCACCAAGACGAAUUGCUUGAGGAAUCAGAGGUAUCGGAGAAAAAAUCGCUGUCGUCCUCUCCUACACAGAGUGAACUGUCUCAUUCCCUGGCUCAGGACAGAGACAAGCGGAAGAGGAAGCUCAGAACCUUUUCCUUCUCUGAUGAUGAAAAUAAACCUCCUUCGCCAAAGGACAUAAAGGUGGAAGCUGCUGAAAAGCUGGAGCUGGACAGUAACCCUCUGGAAUGGAGCGUGGCUGAUGUUGUACGAUUCCUCAAAUCCACUGACUGUGCACCACUGGCAAGAAUUUUCCUUGAUCAGGAAAUCGAUGGCCAGGCACUGCUGCUGCUGACCCUGCCCACCGUUCAGGAGUGUAUGGACUUGAAGCUUGGGCCAGCUAUUAAACUUUGCCAUCACAUUGAGAGGGUGAAACUUGCCUUUUACCAGCAGUUUGCUAACUGAGGAGCAGCCAAGUUGAAGUGGACCUUUGAAGCACAACUACAAAAACAUUCUCCUUUCUUUUUAGCAAGGAAAGCCAAAUGAAAUUAAACUGAGGCCCUGGUGACCUAAGAGCAUCUGUCAGCCUCAGUUUUUCGCUUUGACAAAAAGAAGACAACAUCUGGAGCAAAAUGCCAGUCCAAACACGGGCUACUCUACCAGCUGCCAGCUCGGGAACACAAUAGUCUCUUGCUCUAUGGUUCCCUUUUUUU